CUGCGCGAGCGGUGGGCGCAUCCGCUCGUGCCGGGCGGCGGCCGGGUCGCUGCGCGUAGCUGGGGAGUCAGCUGUUUGCCGGAGAAUAAGAGGGCGAGGGGGGAGUGGGGUUGGCUUGCUAAAUCCCGGCUGUCUGCGAGGAGGGGCGGGGACCCGGCGCGGGCGGGCAGGGAAAUGGCCGAAACCAUCGCGGACACCAGGCGGCUCAUGAGCAAACCGCAGAACCUGAACGACGCCUACGGGCCGCCCAGCAACUUCCUCGAGAUCGACGUGAGCAACCCGCAGACCGUGGGGGUCGGCCGGGGCCGCUUCACCACCUACGAGAUCAGGGUCAAGACAAACCUUCCCAUUUUCAAAUUGAAAGAGUCUACAGUCAGAAGAAGAUACAGUGACUUUGAAUGGCUGAGAAGUGAACUCGAAAGAGAAAGCAAGGUUGUAGUACCACCCUUACCUGGAAAAGCUCUCUUCCGUCAGCUUCCUUUUAGAGGAGAUGAUGGAAUAUUUGAUGAUUCAUUUAUAGAAGAAAGGAAGCAAGGUCUUGAGCAGUUUAUAAACAAAGUUGCUGGCCACCCUCUAGCACAGAAUGAACGCUGUCUUCACAUGUUUUUACAAGAUGAAGUAAUAGACAAAAGCUACACGCCAUCCAAAAUAAGACAUGCCUGAAUGCUCUAAAUAUCCACCUCAAAAUAAAUGUUAGUGAUUAAUACACUUGGUUUAAGAGUUUAUAGUUAAGCAUGCUGCAGAUACUGGCACAAUAAGCCUCCACUAUACUAAUGUGAGUACGCUGCUCAGUCUUUGCAUUAAUUUUAUGGCAGUAAAGAACUAACUUGCUUUAGCUAAAUCACUCCAUAAAUCUCUUCUGAUUAUACUAGCAUUAAAGCUAUUUAGAGUCCAUCCACACUACUGAUGGAGUCCUUUCCACUCUUAUCUGGAAUGACCUAACACAGUUUACUGAGUUGGCCUUACUUGAACUAGCACUGUCCCAGUGUCACAUGUUCACUUGCAUUUGAUUAAAAUCACUUGACUUUUUCUUGUUAAAAUAACUGCUAUAUUGUUAUCUGUCUAACUUUUGUGUAGAGACCCGAGGCACUCUGUUUCAAAUAUCCCCAUGUGUAAGAUAGACACUUCUGCAAUUGUCUUCAAGCUUGUAAAACACUUUAUACUGAAAAAUGAGGGAAUUAUCUUUAUAUUCUGUAAAAAGAGAAAUCAAAUUUAUAUACUAAAAUCAUUUGUCAAGUUGUUUUGAAAUAAAAGUGAAAAUGCACUUCCA